AUGUAUGGUUUGGAAAAGCGAUGCUAUUUUGCAAUUUUGCAUAGCUAUUAUUCGCUUUUCGCGCGUCUUUUAACAUUUUACUAUUCGGAAGAAACUAGAAUAAUUGCACCGGCAGCUCGUACUAAAGUUGGGACUGCCGCGCCAAAAAUCUUUGGCAAAGAGCUCCGAGAUUUAGAUGAUGCUGAUCUAGAAGGGCUGCUCUCCAAAUUAUCACCCGAAGAACUCGAAGAUCUCAACAGUGACUUCGAUCCUGAUAAUUCCUUACUACCACCAUCACAGCGAUGUCGCAACCAAACUAGCAAGCAACCAACCGGGCCUUAUCAAAGGGAUAAACUGUUGUUGUUUCUCGAGGAAAGCGCAAAACAAGAAGAAGACUGGGAGGAAUGGGUUCCCUUUAGCCCAGGAAUUAAACGAGGAAAAAUUUAUGAACCGAAAGAGGGUGGUGAUAAAAAAUCCGGUAAAAUGGAAAUGCCAAUAGAACUCGAUUUGGAUGAUGACGAAGACGAUUUAGAUGGAGCACUGCAGGAGGCACCCGAAAAAGAUCUCGUUGAUUUAGCUGGUAUUCUCGGAAUGCAUAACUUGCUCAACCAAUCUCAAUAUUACAAUGCACUGAAGGGUAAAAGUCAGGAUGAAACAACAGGAACUACGUUUAGUGGUGUUGUUAGGGCUUUUGAAGCGAAGGUUCUUCCGGAAGAACCAGAUAAUGAAACUGAUGUUGAUGAUUGCAUCAAAAAACUUGAAGCAAACGAUGAGAUGGUGACUGAAGUAAAUAUCAACAACAUGAAACGAAUAUCAAAAGAGCGUAUCAGGGCCCUCAUUAAAGCAUCCUGCGCUAGCAAACAUAUUAAAAAGCUAUCGAUGGCCAAUACUGCUAUCUCUGAUCAAGAAGCUAGAGGACUGGUUGAAUUGUUAGAGACUUCACCAUCAUUACGUAUUUUGAAUAUUGAAUCGAAUUUCAUAACACCCGAACUAUUGGCAAAAUUAUUACGUGCUACACUUGCCACCCAAAAUCUUACCGAAUUUCAUGCUGAAAAUCAGCGAGCAAGUGUGUUAGGAAAUCAAAUAGAAAUGGACAUGAUGCUUACUGUAGAAGAAAAUGAAUCACUGCUUCGCGUUGGUGUAUCCUUUCAAUCAAUGGAAGCACGUCACCGAGUUUCGGAAGCCCUUGAGCGAAAUUAUGAAAGACUGCGACUUCGACGGCUAGGUAAAGAACCGCAAGAAUAA